GGGAUUGGGGUGUAUGAGGAGACACAGCCUAGGGAUUGGGAUGUCACCCCUUACCCUGUUCCCCACGUUCUGGGUCUCACCCUUCACCUCCUUCGGUCCUGUCCCGGGUGUCACCUUUCACCUGUGUCAUGUCUCCCGCUAUACGUUCCCCUGCAGCUGCCAUCACUGUCCUCUCUCUCUCUCUCUCCAGCUCGCUGACAGUUCACAUUAUGCUUCACAUCUGCUCCCGGCUGCUCGGUGGAGGCGCUGUCCUCUGUCUCCGGACCUCACGGUCGCACACAGGCCCCGCCCCUGUGCGCUGGUUUUCGGUCGGACGCCCUUCUCAUGGGCCGCAGGAUUACAGUCUACCUAACGCCACGUGGAGCCGAAACACACGAGAUCUGUACGAUAAGUACGAGGAGCUGAGCAAAACCGGAGGCUGGAGGCGGAUAAAGUCCUAUAAUAGCAGCGUCCAUCAUAUGUCAGAUCAGCCCCCGGUAGGCGACAGGGUCACCCGUCUCUUCACCAGGAACAUUGACCAGGACGGUUUGGGCUUCGAGUAUUGCAUGUUCUAUAAUGUGGCUGAGAAGAGGAUGGUCUGUAUAUUCCAGCCGGGCCCCUACCUGGAGGGCCCCCCGGGUUACACACAUGGCGGCUGCAUUGCCACCAUGUUGGACAGCACGCUCGGUGCAAUAGCAGUGUACGUUUACGGACACGUCAUGACGGCCAAUCUGAAUAUCAACUACCGCAAUCCCAUCCCCUUAGGCUGCACCGUACUCGUGGACGGUCACUUGGAGAAGUUGGACGGGCGGAAGGUGUUCACACGUGGCCAGAUCCGGAGCUAUGAUGACCGCACGGUACACACGGAGGCCACAGGUCUCUUCAUCACGUUGAACUGCCCGGAUGAAGGAGGCAGUGCGGACUGAGGUGUAACCCCCCCCCAAGCUCAGUGACCACCGUCUGCCCGGGUAAAGGGGUCUUCAGUGUCCGGCUGUAGAUCCCCCCUGUGAAGAUUCAUUCCCGGUACUCUAGAUCUAUGGAGAUGUCCAUUGUUUGAGGUGUAUUAUACCAUGUGACCAGUAGGGGGCGCACCGCACUAAAGAACUGUCCUCUAUCUCUGCUCACUAUAUCAUGAACAGCUCUGCAACUUUCCAAUACUGUCUAGAGGUCUGACUGCUGGGGGCGCCACCGAUCCCGAGGGCGGAGGUCAAACAUCCCUGAAUGGAUGGAACAUCAGCACCACCGCCACUCUCUUCUGUCUGCUACGUCUCGCAGCUGAGGGUUUGUUACAGUAGUAUCCAUUCAAGAUGAUGCAUUGUAACAAACCCUCAGAAAUUUGUGCUGUGUUAUGGCUCAUGGAAGAUCGUCUCUGCGGGAAGGGAUUGUAGCAAACCUUCAGCAGUGAGGACAAGGUCAUGUGACCUGCAACUACUCAUGUAUUAUAAUUUGGAAUUUAGGUGACUGGUUGAGCCGCAGUUACGUCACAUUAUCGGUGGUUUCCUAACUGCGACCCUCUAGUUGUUGCAAAACUACAACUCCCAGCAUGCCCGGACAGCCGUUGGCUGUCCGGGCAUGCUGGAAGUUGUAGUUUUGCAACAGCUGUAGGGCCGCAGAACGUCCAAGUAGGGUCUAGAGUAGUGUUUCCCAACCAGUGUUGCUCCAGCUGUUGCAAAACUACAACUCUGUCCAGGCAUGCUGGGAGUUGUAGUUUUGCAACGGCUGGAGGUCCUCAGUUUAAAGCCCACUGCAUUAGAUGUACAUUGCCCAGGCCUAAGUGUAAUGUGCAUCCCACACAGAAAACCGGCGUGAAACCAAAAAUGGCCGCUGGCGUUUAUUUGGAAGUUGCAGAACAGUUCUUCGCAUUUCACGGUUUGGCGGACAUACUUUUAUUUUUUUUAUAUUUAUUUUAUAUAUUUUUUUGAAAAUUUAAGCAAGAAAUUUUUAGUCCAUGUUGUGAUCAAUGGCCAGUGCCGGUUCUGCUGCCCGCCCGCCCGCAGCGUUACAAAACGCCAUCCGCAUCACCGGCAGAUUUAUGGUAAAGUCAAUGGGGAAAAUAUAUAUUUCAUUUUUUUUGUAUUUAUAAUAUAUAGACAGGUUGACACAUAUAUAUAUUUAUUAGUUUUUUCCGUGUUUUGGCUAAAAAAAAAAAAAUAACUGAUCUAAAUUUAUUUAUAACAGAAGGAUUUGUGGAUUUGUAACUAUUUUGUGUUAUGGAUCCGCUCCUGGUUUGGGCUGAUGAAGAUAUUACCUGGUGUGAACGGAGGCCAAGGCCAGACGCUGACG